GCCGGUGGCAGCCCGCGGCUCCCGCCGCCACGGCCCCGGCCCGGCCCCGCCGCCGCUCCCGCUCCCUUCCGCCCCCUCCUCCUCCUGCCGCCGCCGCCGCUCCCAUCCGUGGGGCGACGCGACGCGAUCUGCCGUUCCGUGUGCCGCGUACGGCUCAGCUCGGCCAUGGCGCACUCGGCACCGCUCGGCCUCCUGGAGCAGGGCUGCCCCAUCCAAGUGGAGCACGAUCGGAAGCGGAGGCAGUUUACCGUGCGGCUGAACGGUUGCCAUGACAAGGCAGUUCUGCUUUACGAGUACGUGGGGAAGCGCAUUGUGGACCUGCAGCACACAGAAGUUCCAGACGCCUAUCGAGGGAGAGGAAUAGCCAAGCACCUUGCCAAGGCAGCCCUGGACUUCGUGGUGGAGGAGGACCUGAAAGCUCACUUGACGUGCUGGUACAUUCAGAAAUACGUCAAGGAAAAUCCUCUGCCGCAGUACCUGGAACAUUUGCAGCCUUAAAGCAGGACUGCCCUGGCGCCUGCCUGCCCCUGACUGUUCAACGCGGCCUUCGCUUCUCUGCGGUCUCAGGAAAACCCUCUCCCACGCUCACAGCUCCAUCCGUGUGGUCCAUGAGUGUGGGCACAACCUCUUCCACUCUGCCCACUUGUGAGUAUGGCUACGGCGCUUGGGCCAGGCUGGCUCUGGGCACGCGUGGUGCCCCCUGGUGCUCUUCCCAAGCCAGAGGGUGGAAGAGGGUGAUGCUUCCACCCAACGCUAUCACAAGACCAAGGGAUGGCUUGAUCUGCGCCUCAUCUUCUCCCCUCUGCUUGGUGACUGCUGUGAACUCACCGGGGGAUAUUGGUUAGGGGUGGCUGUGGAGUACCAGCCCCUCUUUCAGCAGCUGGGGGAGAUGCUGUGAAUUCAAACUUGUGGGACAGAGGGAGGUGCUGGGGGAGCCCCAGCCCAGUGGCAGAUUCAUGCCCUGUAGCAUCCCUUGGGCACUGAGCCGUGCACAAGCUCGCGUGAGGCAGAGAUGAGAACAUGUGGGCCCUGGUGGCACCUUGGGGGCUUUGCCAUACCUGGCAUGGAGACAUUGGGAUGGUGACACAUUUGGAACUAGAGACAGGAGCCAUAUGAGAAGGGGACUUUGGCCACAGGGGUUUUGGCAGAACACAUGCAGCAAGAGCACGCAGAAGAAGAAAGGCAGCUGAGUUGCAGACACUGCUCCUUGGAGAUGUCAGCUCCUGUCCAGCUGUAUGCAGUCCCAGCAUGGCAUCCGUGCAGAGUUGUGGGCCACCAUUCCUGUUUCUGCUUCCUGCUAGUGUGGACACAGCCUGCUCAGGGAAAGAGCACCAGCCCUCAUGGCCCACCCUAGCUGAAGCAACGGGAGCACAUCCCAUGCUUUUGCAGGCACCAGCGUGGUUUCCUGCAGCUGAAGAGGAAUGCUCCCCCAUCUCCCUGUGUGCACCCCUGUCUGUGCCCUUGAUUGUAAGGCAUGAGCUGGCAUCACAUCCUGAGAGCAACAUGGGUAAGGCCUCGGGGACCUGCUCCUGGCCCACCUCCAGGGCUUGAUGCUAGAGCCACCUGCCUCCGUGUGGAUGCUGAUCACUGCUCCUCAUGGCCUUUGGAAAGAAGCCCUGGUUCAGGGCAUUACCCGUCUGCUCACCAGCCUCCUCUCAGCUCUGCACUUGGGGUGCUGGCAACAUUGUGGAGCCCUCAGCCAGAAGCAGGAACCCUCUUGUGUUGUGCUGUUACCUCUGCAAAUGAUGACUCUUUAGCACAGCUCAUUGUUGCCACAGAUGGAUGUAGAGGUACCACCACAAUGGCAGGGCACUGCCUGGUUCUGGCUUGCUGCCUUUCCUGCCUUGCCCAGGCUUUCCAGGACCUGAGCUUAGCCCCAAGAGCAUCUCCUCCCAAGCUCUCAGGAUUUUGCAGCUGGGCUGAACUGUAGUUAAGGAGAAGGCACUGCCAGCCCCAAGCAGCUGCUGGGGGUUGCAGCCAGGUAGAACAAGAUAAGGAACCUUUCACGCAGAGGCCACAUCCAGACCAGCUUAUCUCAGUGGGGACUAAAGUUUACAAUCUGUGCCACCGAUGGACUAAAGCCCUGGACAAGAGGCAGCUCGGCCCUCUCCCAGAACCCAGUGCAAAGUCCAUGGUGACAAAGACAAAAGCUCCUACAGCUGCCUCUUCUGGUUGAGUUGGUCAGAGAUGGGGACCCCAUGCCUGCUGUCAGCUAAGGAGGCCCUGAGCUGUUCCUUCCAGCCACCAGGUCAAGGCAAAGCUCUGCUGCCUGCCUGUGCUUUUGGGCUGCUUGCUGCCAACACAACACAGCUCUGCCCACAGGCUUAAGGAGAACCUCUCAAACUCCAUCCCUGCCCUGCCAUACCACAGGCCAUGAGAUCCCAGCCCAUGUCCACCACCUAUGCCCUGCAGCAGACCCACCUCCAGCUUCUGCUGCUCAGGAAAGGCAUUGGGUUGAGCCCUGAUGCUGCCUCACGAUUCUGCCCUCUUGCUGCUGAUUUCAGCCUGGGUGCGACCUUCAGGAUGGUUUAGAGAUGCUGGGAAAAGGUUGCAGGUAACUAAAGAAAAGAGGCUCAAGAGGACAUCUGGGCUGCUAAAUGUUCACUCUAACAUGCACCACACUAACAUCAAGUUACAGGAGCAAGGCUGGCUCUGUUACAGGCAAGUGAUGACAGCAUUGUCCAUGCCCUUGAUCUCAAGGUGAAGUCAAGGCAACAUCAUCUUUGUCACAGCCAGGCUGGGUGCUAGGAGUAGAUAUGUGCCUGGCUGCCUCGUGGGAGCAAUGGUGUGAGCCCAGUGCAAGCCUCUGCCCUGGUUUUGAGCUCAUGUCCACUGUGUCACAGUUCCCACAGGUACCUCACUGUGUCUGCUGCAUGAGAGCAGCUCGCUGGAGGAUAUGCUGUGGUCCCAGCAUCAACGCCUGGCUCUGGAGCCCUUUGUGCUGCUCUAGCAGGACCCUUGUCCUUCCCAGUGCUGGAUCACAAGUGGCAAUUGCUGCCUUAAAUCAGGCACAGCACAGGUUUUGCUGCUGCUCCCCUUUGAGGUGCUACAAUCCCUCCAGUGUCUGACCUGAUGGAGGCAUGUGCCAGCAUCUGUGCCAAAUAUGUCACUGCUGUACCCAUCCUCUACCCUGGCCUUUCCUUCCCUGUGAUCUUUGAUGUCAGCAAAUAGCAAUACCCACAGGUCACCAGCAAUGCUGUGGUCCAUGGUGCUCCUGUGAUCUGGCACUGCCAGGCAGGAGAUGGCUGAGGGAGGUGGCUCCCUCAAUGUUGAGCAGCCUCUGCCUCUUCCAGCUGGUCUCUGCAGGAAGGAGCUUUGAGCCUUGUGCUGCCCCUUGGUGCUGACUGAACGUGGAGGAGUUGGGGGUUCUGAACUCUCCAGCAGCAGGAGUGCGGAAGUGGUUUGGUUGGAUAUUGAUGUCCCCAAACCCAUUUUAUCUACAGACCUUGGUGGGUGGGGAAGUGCAGAUUGUUGUCAAACCUGCUUCCACAUCACCCAACUUGAAGCACCCCCAUCCUCUAUCCACUUUUCAGCGUCGUCUUCCUCUGUCCAAGGUUUCCACUCUGUUGAACUCGGCGGUUACAAUGUGCCUUUCCUUCUCAGGACCUGUUACAAAUGACCUUUCUUGCUUUUGUUUAUGUCUAACAUUUAUCUUUCUCCCUCCCUCAGUCAUGCUAUAAAACAUGACCGUAAUGCAUGGAAUACAAUACAAUAAAAAGUGUGGCUUAACUGC